AUGCUUGCCAAUUCAGCCAGUGUGCGGAUCCUCAUCAAGGGGGGCAAGGUGGUGAACGACGACUGCACCCACGAGGCAGAUGUCUACAUUGAGAAUGGCAUCAUCCAGCAGGUGGGCCGUGAGCUCAUGAUCCCCGGAGGGGCCAAGGUGAUUGAUGCCACCGGGAAACUGGUGAUCCCUGGAGGGAUUGACACCAGCACCCACUUCCACCAGACCUUCAUGAACGCCACAUGCGUGGACGACUUCUACCAUGGCACCAAGGCAGCACUCGUUGGAGGCACCACCAUGAUCAUUGGCCAUGUCCUUCCUGACAAGGAGACCUCCCUCGUGGAAGCCUAUGAGAAGUGCAGGGGUCUGGCUGACCCCAAGGUCUGCUGUGACUAUGCCCUCCAUGUGGGGAUCACCUGGUGGUCACCCAAGGUGAAAGCAGAAAUGGAGACACUAGUGCGAGAGAACGGGGUCAACUCUUUCCAGAUGUUCAUGACCUACAAGGACUUGUACAUGCUUCGGGACAGUGAGCUAUACCAAGUGUUUCAUGCCUGCAGGGACUUUGGGGCUAUCCCCCGAGUCCACGCUGAAAAUGGGGAGCUCGUGGCUGAGGGUGCUAAGGAGGCUCUAGAUUUGGGUAUCACAGGCCCAGAAGGAAUAGAAAUCAGCCGUCCAGAGGAGCUGGAAGCCGAAGCCACUCAUCGAGUCAUCACUAUUGCAAACAGGACUCACUGUCCCAUCUACCUGGUCAAUGUGUCCAGCAUCUCAGCUGGUGAUGUGAUUGCAGCUGCUAAAAUGCAAGGGAAAGUGGUGCUGGCUGAGACCACCAACGCACAUGCUACACUCACAGGCUUGCACUACUACCACCAGGACUGGUCCCACGCAGCCGCCUACGUCACGGUGCCUCCUCUGAGACUGGACACCAACACUUCCACCUACCUCAUGAGCCUGCUGGCCAAUGACACGCUGAAUAUUGUGGCAUCAGAUCACCGGCCAUUCACCACCAAGCAGAAAGCCAUGGGCAAGGAAGACUUCACCAAGAUCCCACAUGGUGUGAGCGGCGUGCAGGAUCGAAUGAGCGUGAUCUGGGAGAGGGGAGUGGUUGGAGGGAAGAUGGAUGAGAACCGCUUUGUUGCUGUCACCAGUUCCAAUGCAGCCAAGAUUCUCAACCUGUAUCCUCGCAAGGGCCGCAUCAUCCCCGGAGCCGACGCUGACGUGGUGGUGUGGGACCCAGAAGCCACAAAGACCAUCUCAGCCAGCACCCAGGUGCAGGGUGGAGACUUCAAUCUCUAUGAGAACAUGCGCUGCCAUGGCGUACCACUGGUCACCAUCAGCAGGGGACGUGUCGUGUAUGAGAAUGGCGUCUUCAUGUGUGCAGAGGGCACUGGCAAGUUCUGUCCCCUGCGGUCUUUCCCAGACAUUGUCUAUAAGAAGCUGGUGCAGAGAGAGAAGACCUUAAAAGUGAGGGGAGUGGACCGCACUCCCUACCUAGGGGACGUCGCUGUUGUUGUCCACCCUGGGAAAAAAGAGAUGGGAACACCACUGGCAGACACUCCCACACGGCCAGUCACCCGGCAUGGGGGCAUGCGGGACCUUCAUGAAUCCAGCUUCAGCCUUUCAGGUUCUCAGAUCGAUGACCACGUUCCAAAGCGGGCCUCAGCGCGGAUCCUCGCGCCCCCUGGAGGCAGGUCGAGCGGUAUUUGGUAA